AUGGUGACUAAUAAAGAUCCAAAAGAAAGACUUUUAGAAGUGUGUAAGGAUAUUAUUUCCUACUACAAUUCCUACCAAGACAAGACACAAGAUUUCUGCCAGAAAAUUACAGCCAUAUUCGAAUCGUUUGUUGCAGACAAGAGGUUUAAUUCAAUCUUCCUUGAAAAGGAUGUUGCAGCUGUUUAUUCCGAUUGUCUGAUCAAUCCGAAAUAUGGUAUCAAAUUAACAGGACACGGAGGUAUUUGGAAGUUGGUCAAUUUUCAACAUAUUGUUACGAAGGAGACGACAAAACAGUUUGUGGAUAUUGGUCUAUUGGACAUGUUCAAUCAACUGAAUGCCACAACUGUUGAUUGUACCAAUACUUCCUACACUACUUCUAUCAUGAAUAUUUAUCAUGUUAUCGGAACUCAGAAGGAAUAUGCUCGAUUGGUUGUUAGACCAGUGAUUGCCCUGAUACUCAAGCUUGAAAAUAGUAGUUAUGAAGCUAGAAAUUAUAUGAAUUACUUGUUUAAUAUUGUUGGAUGUGAUAGGGAAAGAAUUUUUGAAGAAUAUGGAAAAGAUCUUGAAGAGGUCAAUAAGAAAUUUGAAAAGAACAAGAAUCAAACAAUCAAGCAACUUCUCUUUGAUUUAUUUGGCACAAAGAAUGCAGAAUUUGUUUCCCUAUUGAUUGACUAUGCAGGAACUAAGAAGAAAUACUCCUUCCCUAUUGAUAAUGAGAUUGAAACUACUGUUGAAGAUGUGACACAAUUCAUUUUGGAGAAGUGUGUUAUGGAGGAUGUAGAUGUGAUUGAGAGUCAUGAAUUACAAAUUUACGAUAUGGAUAUUGAGGACUAUGUGGAUUUUGAUUUUAUUGAUUCGGAUAUUUUUGGAAAGGAUGGUAAUGCUGCCAAGUUCAAGUUGAACGUUACAAUUGAUUAUGAUAAAAAGAGAAAAAAGGAAGAAAAAAGAGAAUCCGAGUUGAGAGAAUUAUCCGAGAAGAGUAUAUCUAGUAUCAACCUUUCAGAAAAGUCGCUGGCAGACUCUGUACCAUCUUCUCACAAAUUCGAUAGCAGUAUUGCUAGCUCAGGAAUUGAAAUGUCUAGUAUGGAAAUGUCCGCUAUGAAAGAUUCAGGAAAUGAAAUUUCUGGUAUUCCAAUGUCAGGAAUCCAAAUGUCUGGUAUUGAAAUGUCUGGAAUUCAAAUGUCAGGCGUUGAAAUGUCAGGUAUUGAAAUGUCUGGAUUUUCGUCAUCUCACUCAAUCUCAGGUCAUAAUGGUCCUCUUGAAAUGCCAUCAUUUAUUUCUGCUGCUGAAAAUGCUCCAAAGGUAGAGCUAACCGAGAAUAGUUUAUUAGGUGGCAGCUUUGAGAUUCCAGAUUCAUUCAAAGAACCAGUUGUCACAUCUCAAAAGGACAAAAAGACCAAAAAGAUUGUUAAUGAAACAUAUCAAAUAUUGGAUAAGAUUGAAUCUAAUGAAUCAAUGAUUGAUAGAAAGGUUUAUAUUGCAAAGGAUUUGGCCAACAAAUCUGGUCCAAAUAUUGUAAUCAAAUAUUUACCAAUCAAAUCAACCACCGAAUUCAACAGAUGUAUGAAGGAAGGAGUAAAUAUGAUUCGUAUGGGAAGAACUAUUCAACAAAAGAAGAUUCCACUCGCAAACAUAUUCGAUGUCUUUGAAGAAGAAGACAAGGAGAAGAAUAAGGCAUCCAUCAGAUUCCUUUGUUUUGCCAUGCCUUACUAUGGAUCUGGAAAUUUGCAAACCUAUUUGGAAUCAAAGAAUCAACCAUCCUUGGAUUGGAAUUUCAUCUACUCUCUAUUCAAGCAAAUUGUUAAUGGUUUGGUGUAUUUGCAUGAACAAAAUAUUGCUCACAAGAAUCUCAAACUCUCCAAUGUUUUCUUUGUGGAUGAGGAUAAAAUCGUACUGACAGAUUAUGGACUAAAUAGUGACAUUUCAUCACAAGUACCAGAACACAAUUCUCUGAGCAAUGUGGAAAAUAUUCCAAUUGAGAAAUUCCAAAAGGCAGAUAUCUAUCAAGCCGGGUUAAUAUUUGCCUCCCUGUGUUUGCUCCUGAAUGGUAACACGGUGAGUAAUUUGACUACGAUUUUGAAGGAAGGAGAAAGCUCAUUAAGAAAUUCUCUUGGUAAAAUCCCAGAAAAAGCAAAGGACAUGGCUGUCAAAUUAUUGACUCAAGAUCCAAAUGAAAGACCAUCCAUUCAGCAAGUUGUCAAUUUGUUGGAUAUCUAG